AAAAAAGAAACCACCCACCUGCCGGCGCCCAUUUAAAACCUCCCCAAAGUUAUCAUUACAAAUUCCUCUAUGUUAUAUUCGCUCGCUCUUCAACUCUGCAUUGAGAACCCAAAAUCGUUUUUACACAAUUCGAGGGUUUCCAUUUCCAUGCUCUAUAACUUUUGAUUUAAUAUAUUCUUGUAGGUUACAGUGGGCAACAUGGGUGGUGUUAGUUUAUGAGCACGAGAUCACGAAAAUCUAUACAGUGAUUUGAGUAGGAAUCAGCCCCAUGGAUACUGCUCUCAAAUUUGGUCUUCUGUUGCUGCUUUUCGGGUUUGUGAAUGCUUCUACAGUAACUGAUUUUGGGCACUGUGAAAGAGUUGUCAAAAAGUGGGCACUUUCUUCUCUUGAUCAAGAAUUAAAACAAGACAAACACACCCUGCAAGAUUUGUUGUUCUUUCUACAUGUUCCCAGGACAGGAGGGCGCACUUAUUUCCAUUGUCUUCUGAAAAAGUUGUACUCUAGCUCUCUAGAAUGCCCCCGUUCUUAUGACAAGUUGCGGUUUGAUCCAAGCAAAACUAACUGUAGAUUGUUGGUCACUCAUGAUGACUAUAGCAUGAUGUCCAAACUUCCAAAAGAGAAAACUUCAGUGGUGACGAUACUUAGGAAUCCAAUUGAUCGUGUAUUUAGCACUUAUGAAUUUUCAGUAGAAGUUGCUGCUAGAUUUUUGGUGCAUCCUAACUUAACUUCUGCCACACAAAUGGCUAAACGCUUGCGCUCUAAAAGUUCUGGAGUCAGCACUCUUGAUAUAUGGCCAUGGAAGUAUUUGGUUCCAUGGAUGAGAGAAGACCUGUUUGCUCGGAGAGAUGCCCGAAAACAGAAGGUCACAGUGGAUGUUAACGGCAAUGAUUCAUACAACAUGGAGGAUUUUGUAAUGCCAUUACAAGAUUUCAUCAAUAAACCAACUGCUUGGGAUAUUAUUCACAAUGGAGCAACAUUUCAGGUUGUAGGAUUGACAAACAACUCAUAUUUAGCAAAAUCACAUGAAGUUCGCCAUUGUGUACAGAAGUUUAAGACUCUUGGUGAUUAUGUGCUUCAAGUUGCAAAGAAGAGGUUGGAUGAAAUGCUAUAUGUUGGUCUCACAGAGAACCAUAGAGAAUCUGCAAACAUUUUCGGGAAGGUGGUUGGUGCACAGGUCAUUUCCCAGAUGGUAGCAUCAAAUUCUAGUAUAGAGGGUAACAACAAAUCAGAACAUAGCUCUUCAUUUUCAGAUCCUGAGCCUGAUAGCAAUUAUCAUCAGAAUAGCACCUCAGACCAAAAGUCUGCUGAGAUCACCUCAAAUGAAAAAGUCGAAACAAUAAAAGAAAAUAUGACUGUUGGAAAGCUUAUGCAAGCUUAUGAAGUGUGCAUUUCUUCCUUACGAAAGUCCCAAGCGACUCGACGCAUUAAUUCUUUGAAGAGAAUCUCUCCGGUGAACUUUUCAAAGGAGGCACGUCUUCAAGUUCCUGAAGAGGUUCUGCAGCAGAUAAGAUCACUUAAUAGCCUUGAUUUAGAGCUUUAUAAGUAUGCCCUGGACAUCUUUGAGAAACAAAAGCAGAAAUUAGCUUCAAUAGAUGAAGUGGGUAGUUCUGGAUUUAACGAGAAGCUGGAGAGCAUGUUCUACUCUUCUUAUGGCAUCACGCUUGGACAAGGGCUUUUAUUAGGCAUUCCCAUUUUCUUACUCGUCUUCUUCUUUCUAUUUGUAAAUGCUAGAAGAAGAACAUCAAAAGUUAAAAUAUAA